AUGUGUGUUGUUACGAAAGAACGAGGGUUCUUGCUUUCUCCUUUAUCUUUUUGUCUAACUGCAUACGAACUGUCAACGUUGACCGGUACGCAAGUGAUGCUGUUGGUAGCAUCAGAAACUGGUCACGUGUAUACCUUCGCCACUAGGAAGCUACAACCAAUGAUCACAAACCCGCCCGCGGGCUCUGCGGGCGGCGACCAGCGCAUGUCCGCCACCGGCUUCGAGGAGACCGAACUCACCUACAACAUCAGCGACGACGACUCCAAAGUAAGGCAAAUGGUGUACGGCUCGCCGCACGCGCAUGCGCAUCCCCACUCCCUCGCCGGCCAGGGCCACUACGCGCACCUCGAGCAGGCGCACCUCGGCCUGGGCGGCUCGCCGCAGCACGGCUACGCGCAGGCCUGCCCCAGUCCGCUGCCCGCCACCCAUCAGGGGUACGGCCACCCGCAGCACUCGCACGCGCACAUGCACGCGCAUAACCAGCGGUAG